CUUGGACAAACUGCUUGAUGCUGGUCUGUAUACAGGAGAAGUGACUGAAAUUGUAGGAGGCCCAGGUAGUGGCAAAACCCAGGUAUGUCUUUGUGUGGCUGCAAAUGUGGCCCAUGGCCUGCAGCAGAACGUCCUAUACAUUGAUUCUAAUGGAGGGCUGACAGCUUCCCGCCUCCUCCAGCUACUUCAACCUAGGACCCAGGAUGAAGAGGAACAGGCAAGAGCUCUCCAGAGGAUCCAGGUGGUGCAUGCAUUUGACAUCUUUCAGAUGCUGGAUGUGCUGCAGGAUCUCCGAGGCACUGUGACCCAACAGGUGAGGUGUUCUUCGGGGACUGUGAAGGUGGUGAUUGUGGACUCGGUCACUGCAGUGGUCUCCCCACUUCUGGGAGGUCAGCAGAGAGAUGGCUUGGCCUUGAUGAUGCAGCUGGCCCGAGAGCUGAAGACCCUGGCCCGGGAGCUCAGCAUGGCAGUGGUGGUGACCAACCACAUGACCCGGGACAGGGACAGUGGUAAGUUCAAACCUGCUCUUGGACGUUCCUGGAGCUUUGUGCCCAGCACCCGAAUUCUUCUGGACAUCAUUGAGGGUACAGGAGCAUCAGGCAGCAGCCAGCGCACAGUGUGUCUGACCAAGUCUCCGCGUCAGCCAACAGGGUUCCAGGAAGUGGUGGACAUUGGGACCUGGGAGACUCCAGAGCAGAGCCCAGUGUUUCAGGGAGAGCAGACAUGACUGAUGCUGUUGAUUGGGACAGGAGGAGGCAUCACAGCCCCCUACCUUUCCUUCUUAGUAAUGUUGCUGUUUACUGCCAGCCUGCACCUGGGACUGCAGAAGUUCCCAGACUGGCCCAAAGAACCGGCUCAGUUUCCUAAACUUCAUUCUCUAUGGAGACUCUUAGAGCCACAGGCCAAGAGGAAGCUGCCGUGGAGGAUGCACAGGUCCAGGCUGGUGCCACAUUUCCUCCCUUUGCAUCCACUUUCUAUAUUUCCAAUGGAAGCUGAGUUCACCCUGGGCAUCACUGCAGAGGCCAUACUAGUAAAUGGAAGAAUACUCCUGUGUAUCGCCAUCAGAUCUUGUGCUCAGUCCUAGCACAAUGAUGGGGCCAGAGAGCCACUAGCUUGCCUCCCUCUCUUCCUCUUUUUUUUUGCCUCUGUUUUUCCAUCUGUAGGAUGGGUUUCCUUUCCCAUCAGCUGCCUCUGAGUUACUGGAUGGAAAUAACCUCAUAAAUGCAAAAACAAUUCUUCAUCUAGGUCCUGCUCUUAAAAAUAUAUGUAAAAGACAAUUCCCUGAGCUCCAGAAUCACCCCCCCCCCAAGGUUGUUUUUCAGUUUCUCCCAGUAAAGCCCCCAAAGAAUGAUUAUUCCUUUGCUCCUGCUGAUUUGGUUUCACACACCUGCAUGCAUCACCAUGACUAGAAUGUGAGCUUGCUGCUGUCCCAGGGAUAUAAUUUAACAAGAAGGAAGGCAAUGACCUGCUCCUGGUGAAUCCAGCCACUUGUUUAAUAUGCAUGGUGCCCUCUGGGGCCCUUCCACAGUAUAGAGUAACCAGAGGUGCUGAACCGUGGCCUUGCCCACAAACAGACAGGAGAAUUUGCACAAUAAAUACAGCCAGCUGGGAAAAUUGAUGCUAGUGUAAAUAAUACAUGGCAAACCUAGUCCUUUAUGCAGAAAUUCAUUGCUGGUGGCUCCAAGAUGCAAUAUAAUUACACCUCUUCCUGCCAGCUGUACCACAGCUUUGUGCCUUAGUGUAUGAAAUAAAGCCGCCCCCCCUCAUCUGAUACCACUACCGUGGCCAUUCGUCUGAGAGCUAUAACCCUGUCUGGGAGGGGAGGAUCAUGCCAGGGGAAGGAAAAUAAAAGAUGAAGUAGAGAAAUGA